AUGGCGUUGUCAACGAACGGCUGCGAUUAUUUCCAUGUGGAAACCGCCCUGUCUCAGGAACUGUGCAUCCAGGCUGGUGACGCUCUGGAUUUGGCUAAAAAUAUCGUGUAUAGUGCAUCUUACAGGCUCAAGCGGCCAAGUGAAAUUUCCGUGAAUACAACGGAGCAGAUGGUUCGGAUCUAUGCUUCCACCUUCAUGAAAACCGCCGAGGACGUCUACCAUGGGAAGACCAACACGGCAACCCUCUGUUAUUAUCUCGACGCUCUCGGAGGUUUGGCUGCGAUCAGCCACAUCUUAUUCGUCGACACUCUAGACGCCGUGAACGAUGUACUGCUCGAAGACGGUAAACCGAAGCACAGCCCCGACGUCGACGCAGAGGCUGCUUACCGCAGGUUUGAGCAGAAACUGUCUCUUCCGGAGCGGAAGGUUUGGGCGAGGGGUUUACUGUUCAAACCAUGCGAGAUUCUGGAGCAGAUAGUCUGCCCUGCGACGAAGCACACGAGGCAAUUCAUUGCACAGAUGAUUCGGCUGCGCAAGGAUGCGCUGAACCAAGUCCCAGAAGGAAUGGUGUGCCAGUGA